UGACACGUGAUCCAAGCCGCUUCGUCAUGUGACCAAGGAAACAUGGCGGAUGCAGAAGCGACGAAGUCCCUGAGCGGUCUGUUGAAUGGAAUCGCUCAAAAAGUCUAUUAUAACAACGGCGAAAUCACGGAGGAGCUGCUGAAGAGCGAACUGUACCCCGAGCUGCCGCAGGACGAGUUCAAGGCCCUGCACGAGAAAAUGAAAGGCCUCCUGAAGUCUAUCGCCACGGCAGACAUGGACCAUGCCCAGCUGGAGGCCUUCCUCACAGCUCAGACCAGGAAGCAGGGCAGCGGUGGGGUGAACGCCGAACAGGCUGCUGCCCUCUCUCGCUUCUGGAAGAGCCAGCGAGUCCGGGUGAGAGAGAGCUUGCUGGCUCAGAGCCGCUGGGAGCCCGGACUCAGGGGCCUCUCCUGGAGGGUGGACCUGCAGACCGCAGCCAGCCGUGGGGACGCAGCCCACAGCGGCCCCGUCGCCCUGAUGGAGCUGGAACUGGGCAGGGCCAGACAGGACUCAGAGUUUGUGUGUCUGGAGUUCGAUGAGGCCAAAGUCAACCAGAUGCUGAAGAAGAUGGCUGACAUCCAGGAGAGCAUCGACCGGAUCGUUCACCGCACCUAAAACCCCGUCCGAGAGUUUAUGCGAGGCAGCGGAGAAACACUGUGAUUUUGACUGACAAGUGUCCUCCGAGCUACUCCAGCCGUCUCCAACUGCAAACGGCUGCUUUCUCUUCGCCGUCCUGUUGGAUCUGGUUCAUCUCGUACGACAGCACCGUAAAGAAAAAGGGGCGUCGUUCAGACCCAGAUCUGCCAGGAUGGAUCCAACGUGGCUUUUGCACCUGCCUGUGGACUCAGAAAGGACACACAUGGUCAACGUACACAUGCAUUUCAAGACACGACGUAUUGUUCUUUCACGAGCUUCAUUUACACACGCUCACGUAUGACUCUGAAGGGUCUGAUUUGUCGAUGGACCAAAAGUUUUGUUUCGUUUCUUAACCUACAAUAAUUCAAAGCGCUGGAACAGUGUUUUAAACCUCCUCUGACAGGACGGAGGUCCCUCUCUUGAGCAUAGCUGCACAAAAAACGCAGAACAUUGAACAACAAUGAAAUUAAGCAAAACGGAACCAUAAGAUCUUUGAAAACUUUGCAGUGUAAUGUGAAAAUUAUGACGAGAAUGAUUUAACUUUUGUUGUGGAGGAGGGUUCA